GGGCGGUGCAUUCUUCUACGCAUGCGCACGGUUGCGUAGGCCUUCUUCCUUCUCGCCUGACGCCGCCACCAUGGUGUUCAGGCGCUUCGUGGAGGUUGGCCGGGUGGCCUACGUCUCCUUUGGACCUCAUGCCGGAAAAUUAGUCGCGAUUGUAGAUGUUAUUGAUCAGAACAGGGCUUUGGUUGAUGGACCUUGCACUCAGGUGAGGAGACAGGCCAUGCCUUUCAAGUGCAUGCAGCUCACUGAUUUCAUCCUCAAGUUUCCACACAGUGCCCGCCAGAAGUAUGUCCGGCAAGCCUGGCAGAAGGCAGACAUCACUACGAAAUGGGCAGCCACUCGGUGGGCCAAGAAGAUUGAAGCCAGAGAAAGGAAAGCCAAGAUGACAGAUUUUGAUCGUUUUAAAGUUAUGAAGGCAAAGAAAAUGAGGAACAGAAUAAUCAAGAAUGAAGUUAAGAAGCUUCAAAAGGCAGCUCUCCUGAAAGCUUCUCCCAAAAAAGCACCUGCUGCUAAGGGUGCUGCUGCAGCUGCUGCUAAAGUCCCAGCAAAAAAGAUGACCACCGCAGGCAAGAAGGCUCCUGCCCAGAAGGUUCCUGCCCAGAAAGCCACAGGCCAGAAGGCAGCGCCUGCUCCAAAAGCUCAGAAGGGUCAAAAAGCUCCAGCCCAGAAAGCACCUGCUCCAAAGGCAUCUGGCAAGAAAGCAUAAGAGGCAGUUACACAAAGUAAUAAAAGUUCUUUUCGAUAUGUUGGCAAAUCUAUUUAAGUCUUUGGAUUGAAAGCCUGUUGCUGAGGUUGGGGUUAGGAGACAGAUUGAUAGUAGGAUUAUAAUAAACAUUAAAUAAUCA